AUGGCUAAAAUGAAGAAUCGUCUGGGAGUAGGGAACGGUUUAGUAGAACCAAGCCCCCAGGCCCACCCUCCUGAAGGAAUUUACGUGGCCAGGACCCUAGUUCAGGACUGUCAAGAAGUACCAGUGAGGGUCAUGAAUGUUACCCACAAGGACCAAAAGCUCGGGAGAGGAUCUCCUCUGGCGCACUGUGAGCCAGUAACCCUCGUGGCUUUGCCCGAGAUGGAGCAGCCCCCAGCACCAGGUCUAACACCGAAAUUAGCGGACGUGACCACAGCGGCCAAGCCACACCUAAGCCCCGGAGAAUUUCAUGAGUUAGAGGAUCUCGUGUCCGAAUACGCGGAUAUCUUCGCACAAGACAACGAAGAUUAUGGAAGAACAAACAGAGUUUAUCACCGCAUAGACACGGGAGAAGCCCUGCCAAUUCGACAGCCAGCGAGGAGAGUAUCCCUGGCAAAACAAGCAGAAGUAAAUGAAAUGCUUGACAACAUGCGAGGACAGGGUGUUAUAGAAGAAUCGGACAGCCCUUGGUUGUCCCCGGUCGUUUUGUUACAGCUGCAAUACUUUGAAACACAACGAUCUAGCUCCAAGGGAACCACUCGACCAACCGCUGUGUCCCAGCCAGGGAUGCAACAACAAUUUUGUGUCAGUCGUGGUGUUAAGCUGCAGAGGUGA